UAAUAGCCAGACCGAGGAGGGGAAGAGAAGGAGAACUUUAGGAAGAGGGAAGAGGGAGGUCUUGCAGCAUUACACACCCGUUACAUACGUAAUGAGGGCCCAUCCUGCCCAAUCUUUGGCUGCUUUUGCUCCCGAGCCUCCGUCAUCAAAACCCAGAAAAAUACAAAUACAGCGCAAUACCGCUAAAAAUAAAUACGCCCCAAACUGGGACUUGCGGCGGGAGUGUAAUCACGUGCACUGGGCGAACCUACCUAGGCUAGUCCGUGUAUGCGUAAGUACCGCCCCAUAAUAAAAUGUAUGGGGAAGUACCCACCUGGAUUGGUGACUAACCCUGCCUUGCCUUGCCUUGCCGUUCUCUUUUUCUCGACGCCCAUCGCCAUCGCCAUCGCCAUCUUCAACUUCAACUUCAACUUCAACUUCAUCAUCAACCACCAACUACAGAGUAAAUCUAGCAGAUAUCUGCGAGUGCUGCCGGUUCUCGUAUACUAGCUAAUCACCCACCGUCCAUUCUCCUUCUCCUUCUUCUUCGUCUGUCAUCUUCUCGGCCUUUUCGCUUCUUUCGUCUUCCUUCUCAUAAUCAUCCAUCCAUCCAAGAGAGACUGUGCCUUCGACCGGUCUCCCUAUCGCCAUUAAUCCAUCCUUGCCCUGUGUUCGCAUACAGCUGAGCCUGAGCUAGUCCGCUCGUCUUUGUCUGUCUCCUCGCGAUUUCAAACCUCAACCGUGGAUAUUCUCGAGUGAAUAAAACAAUCAUCCCCUAUAUCCGCAAUCAUGGCGACUCGUCCAGCUUCGUCCAGCAUUGCCAUGGCUCUUGCUGGCAAGACCGCCUCUGUUGAGAUCCCCAAGCCGCGUGAUAGUGGCUUAUCUCCUGGCAGGGACAGCUUUGCUGCUGUUCCAGGCCGUCACCACCGCCAUAAUCAACCCACCAUGUUACCUACCCCUCCCAAUUCCCUCUCCCCUAACAUGCCACCCCAUGCCUUCAAACGCCAACAUUCGGAUCUUCCCGCCUCGCCGCCCUACGUCCCCUUGCACGUCGAUUCUGAUAUCGACCUGCAGGAUGCUGUCGACCAUGCGAAAAGCCAGGACCAGCAUCACCAUAUCCCCUUGGUGGCAGAGAACCUGACCUCCCUCGCUGGGUCCGAUGCGAUCUCUCCCGGAAUGCUGGCGAAACACCACCUCCCUGAUAUCCUUCUCACUCAUGGCCCUUUGGCUAUAAGGCACAUCAUCGGCUACCUGACUACUUCGGUACCAGGUUUCUCCAGGAUCCCUCCUGCCAAAGCACGCAGACUUGUCGUAGGAGCCCUAGAAGGCAGGGGAAGCGGCGGCGAAGGUGCAGGAGUCGAUGGAGACGUCGAGUUUGAAAAGGUCGGCUGGGGCAGGUGGGAUGCGAGGCGUCGUAACCAACCUCCCAAGCACAGUGGAGAUGGCCCCACAUCUCCUCCAGGAAGUGUGCCGUCCUCCUACUCUCGUCAUGACAGGAUCCGGAUCCAGAUCCCUGCUGGUCGAAAGCCCCGGGACGUUUCUGGCCAGUGCGGCUCCUCGAUGGCAGGAGAUUCCGUCGUUUUCUCUCACUCUGACUUCGACUACAGAGACCAUGAAGAUAUCAGUAUGUUAGAGCACGAGGCGGACAAAAUGUCACUCGACGGAGACGAUCGAGUUUCCUACUGUUCCUCAUCCGAAACUCCAGAGGAUGAAAUACCUAUGGACGGAGAUUGGGAUGAGGCAGACGCCACAGAUGAAGAGGACUGGGCGCAGAUUGGAGCUGCCGCCCUCAGGGCCAGGUCUUACCCUAGUGCCCCUGGGGGUGGUGCUGACGUGAACAACAACAAUUCUCAUUAUAAUUAUAAUACCUACGCGGCUGGCUCCAAAAGUAGGAGUCGGGGCUAUGGUGGUGGACCUUCAUACUCGGCCCUCACCAAAUCCGUCCCCGGCGGCAUUCCCCUUCAACAUGUCGAUUUUUCUUUCCCCGACGGUGUUAGAGGCGAUAUCGAAGAACGCGCAGCAGUCGAAGCGCUCCUGCAGCUCGGUUCUAUGUAACACCAUUCUUUACGGUUUUCUCUACCCUCACAUACCGUUCGACACGCCACAUCAACAACAUACCUAAUCACAUAUUUUAACAUACGGCAUCAUUCAUAUUCAGCGUAUCUUCAUUGGUAAGGCCGGACCGGACCAGACUAGGCCUUGGUUUUUUAUUCUUGUCACCAUUACUAUUAUAUUAUUUUUAUUACCAUUCACAACGUCUCACGAUUAUUGAUAUUUUCGACACAUUCCCUUCCGACACAUACACUCACAUGCCCGCCAGACUGACAUUGUAUACGGUGGAGCAAGGGAAAACGCUCCAACCCACGAUCAGACAAACACGUGGGAAAACUAUGGGAAACACAAAUGGGCACAACAUUGGGUUUGGUAAAGGUUUUAUUUCAUGCCUUCAGCGAUGGCAUGAUGGCGUUCUUAUGUCUUUUGUUUCCUUUUGUCUUAUUCCCUUUGUAGCUGUUUCUUUUGUCUUUUUCUUUUGUCAAUAUCCCCGUAUGCAUUAACACGAAGCUUUUUUUCGUUUCUUGUGGUUUUAUUAUUACUUUCUUUUGUACUUUCUUGUCCUGUUCCCACUUACUACAUUGAUUUGGGUGUCAAUGACGGCGUUGAAAUUACCAUUCACGCCUAUUAACGGUUUACUGAACUCGUAUUUUUUUCCCCGUUAAUUUUUCUCUUCUCAUACCCUCAAUACUCUCUACUCUGGCGACUAGACAUUGCUGCUUCCUUUUCUUUCCGCUUCUAAAACUCUGCUUUGUUUAUAUCAUAUAUUCCCCAUAUACCCACUCCCUCCUUUGGCUCUUCUCUCCGCGCUCAUAUCUUGAGCAGCUUUGAUCAUGCGCUACCGACAAUGCAGUAGCACAUCACUUCUUGAGAGAGAAAAAUAGAAUCUUUGGCCCUCCCUUUUUCUAUAUAUUUAUCUACCUAUUUUAUUUUUCCAGUCACGUCAGCAUUUGUUUUCUUAUUUUUAACCAUCUCAUUCAUACAACAUUUUUAAUCAAUUUUCCAGUGUUUUCUUAUUUGAAUGAACUCCUUUUUCUUUGUCUAUUUUGCUAUUCCCCUCUCUCUUUUUAUAUCAUCUUUGAUUUUCUCCUUUGACAUUUCCUUUGUUGAUAUUGUACUUGAUGUACUGGCCGUUUGUGAAUAACGUCUCGAAAUACAUACAAAAAAAGGAGAAAACAACAACACUGAAAAAAAAGGAAGGAAAAAAAAGGAAGGAAAACAGGAAAGAGGCACUAAAGCAUCGAUUUGACAGCUAAGAGAAGGAAAAAGAGAAAAAAGGGAGAAAGAAAGAGUGGCAUAGGAAACUUGGUCGUCUUAAGUGUACUGCACUGAGUUUUUUAUUAAACUUUUAUUUCCCCCUAUCUCUCUUGCUUACAUCUUAUCUUGUAUUGUGAUGAUGAUUUCUUUUUUUUUCUUCUUCAUUCGCUCCGCGCCUCGGUCGUCUUAACUGUACAGUACUGGGUGGUGCUUUAGAGCUUCAAAUUUUCGAGCUUUUCUUCUUCUUUCCUUUCCUUUCCUUUUCUAUUUCUAGUUGGGAUUGAAAUGAAAAUGAAUAACUAUGGUUUGGCCGGCUCAUAUCUAUCCUAUCGAUUUUAUUUUUUUUCUUUUGUGUGUGAUUUUCAAUUCUCCUUUUUGAUUCUUUGCUACAUACCAUACCCCUAUCACCACUGUUAUUUACUAUACACACCUUAGAUACUCUUAUAAUAUCAGAUACUGAUAUAUAUAUAUAUAUUCAGUUUAAGUGUGUCUAUAUAUGCACAUAUUUCAUUUCUUUAGUUUCUAUAUUCAAUAUUCAAGCACUUGACCUUCUC